UCUCCGAAUCCCAUCUCCCGAUCGAGUCACCAACAGUGGCGAGAAGAUGUCACUGGCUCUCUCCAGCUUCAGCCCCUCCUCAGUCCUCCUCUCGACCAGGAGAGGUCCGAUCAACUGCGGGAGGUGGCACAUCACGGCCAUGGGUACUCAGAGCAGAGACAACUUGGAUCACAUGCAGAGAGCCAGCAAGCCACAGCAAAGCCAACCCCUGCUCAAAAGGAGAGCAGCUCCAUCUUCCCCCAUCGGGCUUUGGGACAGGUUCCCCACGGCGAGGACAAUCCAGCAGAUGAUGGACACGAUGGAGAGAGUCAUGGAGGAUCCUCUCGCUUACGGCGGUGCUUCCCUGCCUUCCCUGAGCGGCGAGGACAGCGUGGGAAGCUACAGAAGGCGGAGGACGCCGUGGGAGAUCAAGGAAGGAGCGGGGGAGUACAGGAUGAGGUUCGAUAUGCCGGGCAUGACCAAGAAGGACGUCAAGGUGUGGGUGGAGGAGAGGCUGCUGGUCAUCGAGGCCGAGAAGCUACCGGCGAAGGAAGGAGAAGCCGAGGAAUGGUCAGCCACGAGCUAUGGGAGAUACAGCAGUAGGAUUGCAUUGCCGGACAAUGUGCUGGUGGAGCAGAUCAAGGCAGAGGUGAAGGAUGGCGUGCUGUAUAUUACCAUACCAAAGGCUUCGACUUCCACAAAGGUUUUGGAUAUUGAUGUGCGGUAAUCAUAUGUCAAGCUGAGAGCUGAAAGGUGUCUCCUCUGCUCUGUAAAUGAUAGAAAUUGAGACUAAAUGUAAUGCGACUGCACCAUGCAGUAACUAUGUGACAUAACACACAACACAUU